GUCAAUCACAAUCACUUAAAAGUCUAUCAACAAAGUUACAGAGAUGUAUUCCAGAGAGUCUAUUGUUCAAGAUGCCUUAGAUGAGCUCCAGUCCAUCAGAAAAAAUUUUUCUGAUUUAUUCCCAGAUUUGGAAUUGGAAUUUUAUGAUCCGGGAAUGUUGUUGGAAUGGGGGAGAUGGUUUUAUUUGUGGGGAAGAAAGUGGGGCGAUGAACAAGAUGUGGACUGGGAAACUGCAGUGUGUACAGUGGAGGACAUUCUUCACAGACAUUCCCUGGAAAUUCUGUUUCUUUGUCUCACGUUGAAGGAGAAAUUGCUGAGGGUUGAUGAUUCUGAUGAGAGAUGGGAUGCUGAUUUGGAGAUAUGGGAUGAUGUGCUUAAAGAUUUUCUUGGGAGAAUUGUUGAAUCGGUGCAACCAGGAAUUGAGGAAUUGGUCAGAAUGUUGUCGUGGACAGAUAUCACAUUGCAAACAGGAUCUUCUUCUCGAACAGAUGUGAAGCAACUGCUGGACAGCGUCGACUUCAUUCUUCACAGUUUGCAGAGUCUUGAAGAUCAGAGUCCCAACGCAAAUGAAACCGUAACGUUCAUGAAGAACUUCAUUCGCUUUGCUACGCUUCACGGACUUGAGGAUAGGCAGAUCAUCGGAGAUCUCUUGACUCACUUUGAAUGUGUAUCUAUUCAAUCUGCAGUCCUACUUUUUCGUGAUUGCUUUCAAUGUGGUUAUCUUUCAAUAAAUUCUCAUGGUGAACUUACGAGAAUAAUUCAGCCAGUUGAGUCGCGUGUUUGUGAGAUUUAUGUUGGUGUCUUGCAAGAUGUUUCAAAGUUUUCAGGGUCCUCCUUCCAUCCCACUAAAGAAACUCAUUCAUUGGUGUUUAGAGACUUUGUGGAUUCUCUCAUUUUUCUGAUUUUGAACCUUUUCUUCCGUGAUGCCAUUUUUGUGGAAAUGUUUCCCCACGAAAUGCAUAAAGUGCAUGAGGGACUCUCAUUCUUGAAAACCACUCUAUCAGAGCACCAUGACAAGCUUGAUGACCUCAUUAGACCUUUGAUUUGUGAGGCAGGCAUCCUAAUUUUUCAUCUCUAUCAAGAAAAUGGAGAACAAAGAGGAAGGUUGAUUGCAAAAUUAGAGCUCCUUUUUUCCAAUUUCGAGACAAAACCCCAAAUUCUCAAGGCUGCAGAAGAAGAUGCGCCAAGGUUUCCACCAGCAUCAGCAUAUCCCCAAACAAACUUGUUGGGUUUUAUUGACUCUGUCUUGGAAAAAAUAAAGUCAUUCGUGAUUCAAGUUUCUUCAGAAAAGGAUAAGUUCCAAGCCCUCCACGAUGAUCUUACAGUUUUAAGAUCUUUUGUAGUCCUUGAUAAUGGGAUGACGAUCCAAAAUCUCUCGAGUCGCAUUGCAACGGUAGCUUAUGACACGGAGUUUGUACUUGAUUCUUUGGUUGUUGCUGGUAAACCACUCCGGACGAGCCUUAUCGUGCAGCUUGAUGUUAUCAUAACAGAGAUUGAGCUUAUUAAGACUCAGGUCUCGGAGAUUCCUUGGAGUAUGGAGCCAACCAUUGCAGUUCAAAAGAUUAGUCAAGCUAACCUUAAGAUGGCACCAGCAGUUGGUAAGAUCCCAGAUUCCAAUGAGAGAGUGGUGGGCUUGGAUGACGAGGCAAAGAUCAUCAUCGAUAGACUCACUAGAGGGACAAAACAGUUAGAUGUGGUUUCGAUUGUGGGCAUGGCCGGAUUAGGUAAAACUAGUUUCGCCAAGAAAGUUUAUCAUCAUUCCCGCAUCUCUCAUCACUUCCAGGUUCGCUCUUGGGUCACCGUGUCUCAAGAAUACAACACAAAAAGUUUGUUGAUUGGGAUUUUAAGCGGUCUGGACCAAAAUUCAACUGGAGCGUAUAUAAAUAUGAGGGAAGAUGAUUUGGCUGAAAGACUCCGUAGACGGUUGAAGGGAAUCAGGUAUCUUAUCAUCUUGGAUGAUAUUUGGGAUACUCAAGUAUGGAAUAGUUUGAAAAUGUCAUUCCCAGACGAUGAGAAGGGUAACAGAAUUCUCCUAACCAGUCGACAGGAGACUAUUGGUUUGGAAAUCAAUCCACACUCUGAACCUCACCGUCUUCGUGCACUAAAUGAUGAUGAGAGUUGGGAAUUAUUUCGGAAGAAGAUGUGCUUUGACCAAAGUUGUCCAUCGGAAGAAGUAAUUGCUCGUGCCAAGACAAUAGCAAAAUCCUGCAAGGGAUUGCCGCUGAUGAUUUUAAUUGUUGCAGGAUUUCUCGCUAAUACAGAGCCAAGUAAGUGGGAAGAAGUUGAAGAAAUGCUAAAAACAGCGAGAAGCAAAGAAGAACGCUUUAUGCAUCGGCUACGUGGUCAGGAGCUUAAUGGUUGUCUUGAGGCUAGCCAGCGGUACAGGUUAAGUAUUGAUUUCAGUGGAGCGGAGAAAUUCUCAGAAUCGAGGUCCCUCUAUCCUCGUCUACGCACAAUGUUGUUUGUUACAAAACCCAAAGUCUAUCGACUACCAACAUCUCUAUACAAGUUUUUCCAGUUCAAGCUUAUAAGAGUUUUGGUCUUAAGCCGAGUAUUUGUGUUUGAUACAUUUCCAUGUGUGAUUCUACUACUUGUCCAGUUGAAAUACUUGGAUUUCGCAGUUUCUUUUACUUCAGAAAUAAUCAUCCCAUCGUCAAUUCUCAAUCUCUCAGAUUUGGAGACUUUGAUUGUUACUGAUGGUAGGAGAGUUUUGUUGCCGGAUACUUUGUGGGGUAUGAAAAAAUUAAGGCAUCUGGAUGGAGCUCGGGAGUUUGUAUUGCCAUCAGAGAUUCCCGUAGCCAAUUUGGAGAAUUUGCAGACUUUCUCGACUGUAUCAUUCACCUGCAGCCAAACGAUGGUGGGAGUAGUGAAGAAGUUACCAAAUCUCCGGACACUACGCUGUCGUCUCGAUCUGGGUGGAGGAGAGUGCACUGUGGAUUUCAUCACUUUGACUCAACUCGAAUCACUCGACAUCACUACUCGUGGGACGAACUUUUUUCAAUUUCGAUUUCCCCAGAAUCUAAAGGAUCUAUCUCUGUAUUCAACUUGCCUUCCAUGGAGUGAAGUUUCAGCUAUUGGAAGGCUACCAAAUCUUGAAGCUCUCCUAUUGACUGAGAAUGCAUACAAGGGGGAAAAUUGGGACAUUGAAGAAGAAGGCACAUUCCCCAAACUCAGAGUGUUGAAAUUAUGGAGCAUGACCAGUUUGGAGAGAUGGACAACGGCUUCGGAUGACGACUUCCCAUCUAUUGAGACAUUGAUACUGAAAUUCUGCAAUCGCUUAAAGGAAAUCCCUUCUUGUAUAGCCCAAAGUUCAACCCUUCAGAUGAUUGAGGUCUGGAGUUGUCCACGUGUCUUUGAUUCGGUAAAGGAAAUUCAUGAAACGCAGAUGGAUUGUGGAAAUGAAGAUCUACGGAUAUAUCUGGACGUCCAACAACUAACAAAAGAGAACUAUGAGGUAAUUCAAAGCAAAUACACCAAAAAGAAUCUUCAAUUGAGUCGGGGUUCUCCGGUGACGACUGACGCUUGAAACACUGAUUCUGCUGCAAUAGCUUCCCAAAAGUGUUGAUUAUAAGGUAGUUGCUACAGCUAAACCUUCCUCACAAGAAGAUAAACUAGGAAAAUUUUCAGUCUUCCCAAAUACUACAAAGCUUUCGAUGCUCUAACUGUCACGUCUAUAUCAACACAACAUUGAUGGAAUCCUAUUCACCAGGAGUUGCUUGUAAAUGUACAUGUUGUUCAUUUAAUUUGUAGUGCUAAUCUCAUGCAUUGUCCUUCCCCGAGGAAUCCUUAAUACUUUCCACUCAACGAUGCAUAAUUCCAUCAAAGAAGCUAUAUAUUGCAGUUGAUGCGGUAGUAACUUGAUUCUUGGGAAUCGACGCAAUUUAAGAGACACGAGAGAGACAGAAAAAUGUAGUUUAAUUUAUGAAUGGUUUUGGAUAGCUUUGAUGACUUAUGAAUGGUUUCUUAGGCUCUUAGUUUAAUUUACCUGUAUCCUAAUUAUGGCAUCAUGAACAAAUUCUUGCAACGGGAGUUCAUAUAGAACUCUUUUUUGCUUUCGUUUUGGUUGUUCUUCUUUAUAAUCUGAGGUUCUUAAUGUUUUUGAUUUAUGAACUUAAUUUGCAUGAAUACAAUGUCGAUCCCUUUCCUUUUUGUGUGUUAGCUUCGUGCCGUGAACUAAAGUGUUAGUAUAAGUUCCUAUUUUUUAUUGCACACUCCAUAUCUGAAGCUCAGCCUGAUAAUUAUAAUGAUUUUCUUUAGAUGUGUGUGAUAGAACUGAAGCAAUAGAAUUCGCAAACUUGUGAUGUUCUACCGGAGGACGGAGUCAUUAACUCCCACACACCCACAAUGGCGAAUGACCAUCAUGGCAACAACUUUCUUUGGUCUUUGUACGGUUAGACACGCCCCUGACAGAAUAGGUUCCAGAAUAAAUCAUACUACAUCUUUUUUAGAAAAAUAGUCAAUUUUUUAAAUGUAAAAAAAUUGGACUUAUUAAAUUGGUAUAACCUAAAUUGAUUAUAAUAUUAAUAAAUGGUCAUGAAACUUUAUUCAAUUUUUCAUAUUAAUUUUUUUUUACUUUGCAUGAUUAAGU